AUGGAGUAUAAGGAGCACCCAAACAACGCAAUGUUGAUGUGGGGAUACUCCCCAGUAAUGGACAGGGUGUUCCUGUCAUUGAAGCCAGGGGGCGAGAAGUCCCUGGCUAAAAACAAUAUAUCCGAAAUGGGCUAUCUCGUACUCUCUGGGAGAGCAGUCGUCCGAGUAGGUGACCAAAUCAGAUUGCUCGUCCCAGAAAACCAAUUUGUGGUGCCGCAAGGUUUGCCGUACAGUAUUACGAAUAGCAGCGCUGAAAACUUCAAGCUGCUGCGGUGUAUUCCUAGAGGCAGGGACAUUUAA